AUGAAGGUCUCAAGCUCUGUGGCCGUUGUUUCGCUACUGUCGCUGGCCGACCAUGUCCAGUCGGCUAUUACGCUGCCGCUCAAGCCUCUCGACAAGAAGAUUGGCUCCAUGAUCAAGCAGUCCACCAAGACCAAGGCCGAUGGACAGGGCACCAUCACUGUGCCCGUCAAGGAUUGGAUCAAGCACACUGCUGAUCUCCAGUGGUACACCGAAGUGGAAGUUGGAACACCCCCUCAGAAAUUCAACGUCAUUUUCGACACUGGCUCCUAUGACAUGUUCAUUGCCAACAAGAACUGCACCGGUGCUGGCGAGACAACGCGCCUCUUUGACCCCGAUCAGUCCAGCACAUUUGACCAGCAACCCAACCAACCUCAACACUUUGGGUACGGAACCGGUGUCGAUUCCAUCCCGCUCCAGUACGACGGCGAGGGAUCUAGCGGAGCCAUUGUGACGGACAAGGUCGGCAUUGCCGGCCACGCUGUCGACCAGCAGCAGUUCCUCCUCUGCGACGAGUACCCCGAGUUCAUGGACAAUGUCCCCUUUGACGGCGUCAUGGGCAUCGGCGUCGAGGGCGCGACCGGCCUGCCCAGCGGCAGCCCGUGGUACUGGGCGCUGUACGCGAGCGGCCAGCUCGACGGGCCCGAGUUCUCGUUGUACUAUCCCGCCGGCAAGGAGGACGGCGCCGAGAUGACGCUCGGCGGCACCAACCCGGCGCGCUACACGGGCGACAUUCACAAGGUCAAGCUCCACAACACUGGCAACUUUGUCGUCGACCAGCCCGCUCUCGCCAUCAACGGCAAGCCGCUCGCCAUUGCCGCUAACAAGCGGACCAUCCUCGACUCCGGCACGGCCUACUUUGCGGGGCCCAGCAAGAUUGUGUCGGCCUUUUACAAGGCCGUCUCACCCAAGAUCAAGCAGCUCAACCACGAGGCCUGGGGCGUCGAGUGCGACGUGAUCGACUCGCUCGCCGUCGACAUUACCUUUACCUUUGGCUCGGGCGCCGAGACGUUCAACGCCACCAUGCCCAAGGAGUCGUUCAACCUCGGCCCCUACGAGGGCAAGCCCGGCAUCUGCCAGACCGUCUUCAGCACCAUCGAUCUUGGCGGCAGCUUUCUGAUCGGUGCUCCUCUCCUGAAGCAGUACUACACUGUCUGGGAUGGCCACAACCUGGAGAUGGGAUUCGCCGAGCUCAAGAACUAG